AUGUUGUUCGCUCAACAAGCUGAGAUAAAUAAAAUGUUUUUGUCUUAUUCUACCGAGUUGGAUAAUGUUAAAAAUAAACUUAAUUCUCUUGUUGCAAACAAUGUUGGCAAAAAAGUAAACGUUGACUCAGUAAUCUCUAACAAUGUAAAUAACACGUUGCCACCAGUUAAUCAAAAUGCGCCAGGAAUUUUGUGGGCGGACGUCGUGUCAUCACCCACUCUGGACGAAGCGUUCACGUUGGUGAAGCGGCACAACAAACGUCCACAAAUAUCGUCGGAUAAAAAUUUUGACAAAGAUGACCAGGAAUCAACAAUGUUCAGAGUCUGCAUCGAUAGCUCAGAUGUCGGUAAGAUGAAGGAUCCUGACAUUAUGUUGAAAAACAUUAUUGUGCGCGAAUGGCGCUUCAAUCAGACGAAACCUGAUGCUAAUACUCUGAAUAGAAAGUAA